GAAGAUGAAAAUCAUCAAAUUAUGUACUUAGUAAAGGUGAAUAUUUUGGUGUGUAAACUUCAUUUUAAAAGUGCUACAAAAAUAUUUAAAACCUAGGCUAGGCAUAUCGCUCAGUGGUAAAGUAUUUGCCUUGUAUAUAUGAGAGAGGGCCUGGACUAUCUCCAGUGCUGAUAAAACAAGUGUAACUACUUAAAUAACAUUAUUUCUUAGAACAUCCAGACUUGUUUUAAAUUGGCAAUGAUAUUAAAAAUACUGAUGAUGGUUCUAUAGCUGUGUAGUUUUAGACCACCUUGAUUACUAUGCUAUUAGUGUUAUUGCACAAACUGUUCUAUAACCAAUAAUGCCAUAUAGUUUCUUUUGUUGCAAAGGAUUUGUAUAAGUCCUUAAAAAUACUGUCUGCAAAACUGGUACCGUGGCAUAAUUUAAAGAAACCAGAUGAAAAUGAACAUGUCAAAGUAGACGAUCUGUUGCUUAUGGUAGACACCAUGUUGGAAGAAGUUGAAAACAAGAAAGAGAAUAGCAACAUGCCACACUUUCAGACUUUGCAAGCUAUUGUUUCUCACUUCCAAAAGCUAUUUGAUGUGCAGUCUUUAAACGGAGUCUAUCCCCGAAUGAAUGAAGUGUAUACCAGGCUUGGAGAAAUGAACAAUGCGGUGAGGAACCUUCAGGAGCUCUUAGAACUAGACAGUUCAUCCUCAUUGUGUGUGGUGGUCAGCACAGUUGGAAAACUGUGUAAGGUAAUUAACGAGGAUGUGAAUGAGCAGAUUAAACAAAUACUAGGACCCGAAGAUCUACAAAGCAUUAUCAACAAAUUGGAAGAACAUGAGGAAUUUUUUCCAGCAUUUCAAGCUUUUACUAAUGAUCUUCUUAAAAUCUUAGAAAUUGAUGACUUGGAUGCCAUUGUACCUGCAGUAAAGAAAUUAAAAGUACUUUCAUACUGAAAACAAAUCAUUCUUACUGUAAAAGUUGCACUCUUAACAUUUAAGUAUUUUAAAGAACUAAUCCUGAACAAGGUUCUAAAAUGUAUCAGCUCUCAGAAUUCAUCUUUGUACCAUUUGGUCAUUCUCAAUCCACAUAAUUUUUAUUUUUGAUUAUUUAAUAGACAGCAACUGCUAAAUUAUUAAAAUAGUAAAUUAACUUUAGAAUCCUUAAUCGUUUCCUAAGCAAUGCUUGGGUACUCUAAAAUGUAAUGGUUAUCUUAAGAGAUUGUGUGUAACAAAGGAGACUGAGGGAGAGAUUGCAAAUUAUAGAAAGUUGCAUUUAAGUCCAAGGUUUAAUGACAGAGAAAAAAGAAUGCCAGUUGCUUUCUGAGCCAAGCCAAUAAGAAGCCACUGCUUUCCAGGUGAUUCUGUGAAGCCAUGUUAAUGGGCAGAUUUGUUAAGAUACCCUUCUAGCUGUUGCAGUUUCAAAAUAGGAAGAAAAGAAAGAAAAUGUUUUGUCUUUGUGCUAAGAUAGGAAGUUAAUCAUGAAGUGAAAUAGAUGAUUAGGUAGAAGUCUUUCUGUGUGUUUAUUUGCAAUACUGUGUAAUGUACUUUUAUA